AUGUUGCCGCUUAUUCCAUAUCUCCGGCGAAUCAACAUCGACCUGCCAACGCUUGUAAAGCGUGAAGCGUUCCAGAUGUAUCCAUCCGCCAUCGAUAUAGGAUCAAUGUUCAAUGACUUGCUUCACAAUCUGAAAUGGAACAGCUUUGCUAUAAUUUAUGACACGCGUGCAGCUUAUUCCAUGGUUCAGAAUGUGAUAUAUAGAUCGACGUUAAAUGAGUGGACGAUAGAAUUAUUUCAGAUUACUCAUUCCAAUAUAGACAACAUUUUACACUCGAUGCGAUCUAUUGGAAUAACACAUACACUAAUUUAUACGGAGGAUGACCGCAAGGCGAUAGAAAUCCUUAAUAAGGCAAAUGAACAGAACAUGCUGGACUACAAACAUCGAUGGAUAAUCGGUAAUCUGGAUCCCGUUCUACCGUUAAUAACAAUUGUCAACAAGAUCGCGUCCCGUGGUACCAAUCUUGUCAUAUUUCGUAUGCAAGUGGCGUCUGAUUUACCACCAGGAAAUACAGAAUGGACGUUCAGUCAGAAAUUAGCAAAUGAUGCAAUGCUGGCCGUCGGCUAUGCCAUCGAGGGUUACCUGAACGAUGGAAACAGUCUGCCGGGAAACACUGAAAUCCCAGCAUGUCAGCGGCUGGGUUCAGAGACUACGGACGGGAAAUUGAUGGAGUACAUUGCUGGGGUCAGCUUUUCUGGAUUGACUGGAAAUGUUACAUUUAACGACAAGAAACAAAGGCGAGGAUACAUGAUAGAAAUAUACAGUGGCUUUGGUAUUCCGACCAAUGAAUUGCGAGGAAUGUGGUCGCCCCAGGAUGGUCUGGAGAUGUAUGACGUCACUCUUCCAGUGUCCGGUGAUAACAACACAUUAAUUGUAUCUACUAUCCAGAGUGGUCCAUUUCUGGAAUACAAUGAAAUAGACUCAGAAGGAGAAAAACUCGAAGACAACGAUCGGUUUACUGGUUACAUCGCUGAUAUCGUCAAAGAGAUGGCUGAUCGUUUGGGGUACGAUUAUGAACUUAGACUUGUAGCUGACGGUAAUUUCGGUAGACUGGACAUUGAGACGGGAACUUGGAACGGCAUGAUUGGGGAGAUCAUAAGAAAGGAAUCCGAUGUGGCAGCUGGCCCGAUCACCAUCAGUGCCGUUAGAGAGACUGUCAUCGACUUCACUAUUCCAUUCAAAGACGGAGUACUUAGCGUACUCACUAAAAGCUGGGUGCCUACCAAGUCAUCACCGAAGACCAUUUCAUCGUUUCUCCGACCUCUUCAAGCCGGCGUUUGGGUAAUGAUUUUUGUAGCCCUGUUCGCGGUAUCUCUGGUCAUUUUCAUAAUGGACCGGUUCAAUCCGUUCGAGCUUCGUGCCAUGGCAGAACGAGGUGAAGUUCCAGCCAAUCAAGGCUAUUACUUCUCUGGCUACCUGAACUGCGUCUGGUACCUUUGGAGUACUCUCUUUUUACAAAGUUUUGAUUAUUCACCCCGCUCGAUGGCAGGGAGAUGUAUGAGUGGAUUUUGGUUCGUUUUUGUUGUUGUGACAUUAUUUAUGUAUCUAGGCAACAUGAGUGCGAUUCUGAUCAAUGAACCCACUAAAGACCUUGAAUCCAAAGGGCCAAUCAAUAAUCUGGAAGAAUUGAUCUCUCGAUUAGACGAUAUGGUUAUCGGCGCUGUUGACGGUGGACGAACUAUAGAAUAUUUGAAAGAGUCAAGCAAGAAACAUCACCAAAAGUUAUGGUCGAAUAUCGAAUAUAAUAUUGACAACAGCGAUAAUCAAGUGCGAAUUUCUAACAUAACCCAUGGAAUUCAACGUGUACGUGAAAGUGACGGCAAAUACGCGUUCGUUGUUGAAUCGGCCGCUAUUGACUACGCUCUGAGCCAACCACCAUGCGACCUUGUUGCCAUCUCCGAACCGCUGGAUUCGGUCAGUUAUGGGUUUGCCGUAGCCGAGGGCGCCCCCUUACGAGAACAUCUGAAUAUAGUCAUCAUGCAGAUGAAGGAAGAUGGUUUCAUGGAAGAAACGUAUUCCAAAUGGUUUCAGUCUGGUCCUUGUGGUCAUGGAAACGAUGACGUACCGGUACCGAUGGAGAAGACUACUUACCAACGAAUGGUGGACUCCUUAGACCUCAAAAAAUUUGCUGGUUUAUAUAUAAUGCUACUUGUAGGUAUAGUUCUCAGUUUAUUGGUUGGAAUCAUCGAGUUUUCUGUAGAUAAAAUGUUCACAGAUCGGGGCGGAAAGUAUAAUGUUGGUAAAACCAAAGAAAAGGGGGCAACCAUAGAAGAAAGGAGACGAAUGAGAGAUGAGAGGGAGGAGAGAGAACAUUCUGUUUAAACAGCCGUUGUCCUAUAUCGUAACAGUUCUGAAGUGUAC